CCGGCGGAGACCCGCCACGGAGCAGGGGUGGCUUGCAAGGACCCCGCAUCCCCUGGCGUGGGCCACCCACGGACCUGGGUCCAGGGCGCCCGGGCGAGGCCGGCCAGGCAGGAGCGCUGCGUCUCAGGAGUUCGCCCUUCUGAGAGGGGCCUCCGUCCUUGGAAGGGGCCGUGUCCCCGCCUUCCGGUGGCCACAUGGCCCUGCGGUUCCUGGAGGAGAGGUUCCCUGCCAACAGCUCCUGAAAUCUGAGCCAGCGUGUCCUGAACUCAUGGCUGCACUUCUGUUUAAUUAACGCGAAGACAAUGGCGGUUUCUGUGGAAGGUGACACCAGGUGUCAGAUGACGCAGGCUGGGCCUGGGCUGUCAGCUACCCCUGUGCGUUGGUGCACGCGCAGUGUGGGUGCCGUGUGCGCGUGCGCCUCCGUGCCCAGGGUCCCCUGGAGGACCCCUGUCUGCGGGGACGUGGAGAGGAUGGAGCGGGGAGACUGAGGCCCGUCGGGACAGGGGCAGCGGGGCGCAUUCCCUGAGACUCGGGAGGCCAGGAAGGUGACAGGUGCGAGUCUCCACGGGGGUGUCAGCCCUUCGAGCCCCAUGGUGACGCCGGGCGUCCGUGCCUGCUCGGGGAGGGCCGCGGGCCGUGUUCCCCGGAGGCUGCGUCACAGUGGCCCCCACGCUGGCUGCUCUGUGUCUUCCCAGCGACAGGAGUGCCCUGGGCUUUCACCUUGCGGGAAGAGAGGGCGUUUGGGAAAGGCCGAGGGCGAGUGGGCUCGGGGACCAGGCCCUGUUCCCGGGGUUCCCUCACACCUGUGAUGCGGAGCCGUCCACCCCCUGAAGGGCGGUGUGGAGCUGCCUCCCUUCCCGGGCUGGGGCGAUGGGUUCAUCUCUCAGCCUCGUUGCCCAGCUACGCAUUUAUUACCCUUUCGUCCAUUCCCAGAGUCUCCGCGCCAGCCGUGGGCCCUGGACGGGCUUGUCGGCGACACCUCCUCCCUCUCGGGAGCAAGCAGAGCCCAGGCUGGGCCUCGGGCUACGGGAAGGGGCUCUGACCUUUGCCCCCAGAUCCCGCUGCGGCUGCUGCCGGGGCCCCUGUGUGCCCGGCACCCCGGGCUUUGGGUCUGGACACCCAGGAGGCUGGGCGCCGCCCGCCCCAGCCCUUUCUGACCACGGCCGGACGCGUCCACACUCCCGAUUCCGUGUCCUCUCACGCCCGAGGUGACAUGCGGUCUCUGGCUUCCAUCAGCAUGGGCAGCCGGCCGGCGCCUGGGCUUCUGGGAAAGGCCGCGGCCGGAGAGGCCCUGGCGUUGCUGGAGUCCCCCUUCAUGGGGACGCCUGGUCACCUCCCACACCGCCGGUUCCCUGAGCUGCUGAGGGAGGGGGACCCUCUGUGCUGAGCCUCCCACCCUCGGUAGCCAGGAUUCGAUGGCGGCCACGCUGCCCACAGGUGGAGGCCGGUGAGGAGAGCUCGGAGGGGACGCAUGAACCCGUGUCGGCUGACCUCAGGGAGCUCAGAUCCUGGCUGACAGUUAACUCACGGCUGCAGGCCGCUCGCUCGGCUGACCGGCCUGUUCCAUCCUGUCCCUGAGUCAGACGUCGGUCCCCUGGCUCAUCCACGUCAGGUGUGUGGUACACAUGGCACAGAGGGUCGCGCCACCCUGCCCGCUAACCUCAUGUGGACUCAGGCUGCUUCCUGUCCUUGGCACCAGCGUCAGCCCAGGGAAGGGCCCUGGGAAGUGUUUUUCAGGGAAUGACUGUCCCCGGCUGCAGGUGGAAGUCUGCGGUGGCUAAGAAAGGGGUUGAGAGUUAUUUUUUCCAUGGCACAGACUCUCAGCAUCUCACGUGUUAGAUGUGGCCCCGGGAGGCAGUGGUCCAUGGACCGGUCAUGGGGAGCGCGGUGAGGAUGGACGGGGAGAACACGGGCUCAUAUUUUCAUGCCUCCAACGCGGACGCCGUCGGCACAUGGUGAGGUGGCACCACAGCCCAGGGUCGUCAGCUGUCAGUGCGGCUCAGCAUUUGAACUACCUGAGCGAGCUUUAUCUGCAGGAGGCGUGCUCAUGAGCAAGCGCACGCAGCAGCGCCUCCCCCCGAGCGUCAGGCUCUGUGGGGCAGCGACGACCCGCGAGUGGCCCUGGCUCUGAGUUGGGAGCCCAGCGCUCUGGAGUCAGGUUCUCCCGUCUGGGUCUCCCACCUUCUACUUUCUCAGCCCAAGUGACACUGCCGGGUCCCAGCCUCGCUUCCCUGGCGGUGCCGCUGUGCUGGGCGGGAGCCAGCAGGCCGGGGGCUCCUGCCUGCUUCCAGCGGCUCGGGGCCUCAUGGCUGCUGUCCGACCGGCGUGCACGUUCUCUCCGUGCAUUCGUAACGGGGUUCUCUGCGAUCACUACUUUCCCAGAGGAUGAAGAAACGACUGCGAAAUAAAGCAGGUGUUGACCUUGCCAGACGCGGUCCCCGUCCAGAGGCUCAGCUGUAGGGAGAGAAUAAAAAGUCAUGCCCGAUGACCUGCAAACAGGCCUCUCCACCAGCACGCACUUUGUGUGUCACAGUGGAGACCAGGACCCUCCCCCAGUGGCCCCCCGGGUGCCCAGGGGCGUGGGGGGCACAGUGGCCUGUCCCCUGGGUCUCGGGAGCAGGCGGGAGCCGAGGACCGAAUCUCAGAGCGCGGGGUGGCCUGAAUCCAGUGCAGCAAUACUCACCUCGUGACCUUGGGUUGAGACAUCAUUUUCGGAUCUGCACACUGGACUGUAAAAGUACUUAAAUAAAACAGCAAAACUUCCUUCCUUAGCUCUGGGAGAUUCCAGGGAACUAGCUCAUUCUGAAAACUGAAUAAGGAGAAGCAAUCAAGCAUUUAAUCUUCUUCUACUAAAUGGCGCCUCAGGGUUCACACUGAUGAGGGAGAGUCUUGCCGUAAAGAGGAAUUGCAGGUAAGUGUCCAGGAAGUGAUCGAGUCAGAACACACCGUGUUUCAGACCGCAGGUAACCGAACAGCCGGCUCGAGGCUGUGACCCUUUGUAACUCCCACAGCCACAGGAGGAAGCUGGUGGGGUCAUGGGGGCCACCCCUCGGCCAAGCCCGUGCCAGCAGUCAACCAGAAUGACACCAAGCCCAGACCCGUGCUCAGCUUCCAGGAAACGCAGGCCCACAGAGAUCUGAAAUAAUUCUGAGUCGGCACCUAACAGAACGUGGAAAGUCUACUGGGCAGAAAGGACCCCCAUCAUUUUCAAAUGAGUUACAGGCGAAGGAGGAAGAUCCUGCACUGUUAGGGACUGAAGAGACAUUAAAUAAACACUGUACGACUUUAUUUGGAUCCUGAUUCAAAUAAUCAGACUGUAAAACAAAACAAGACCAGCCCACGUCCUGCACAGUCACCUUCCGUGACUUAAUGGCUCGAGGCUGGCCCACGCAUGUGGCAUUCCAGACUGCUGACAUCUGGAAAGACACUGUCUGCUGGAUGAGGUGUUUCGCUGACAGCCUGCCAGCUGCAGCAGCACGUGACUUGGGGUUGAUACCUUGUUUCCCAGAACAGCAACAUUUGCUCCGUGAAGCCUGUUUUAAAACAACUGUCCUGCUUUAAGGGCUGUUUCCAGCUAGCCUGGCGCAUCCUCGCUCUUUUCCUUGGGGAAACCACACACGCCGUCCCCAGAGGGAGUAACUUUCUGCUCUUGGGGAGAGAUGGGACCGAGGUGUAGUCAGUGCCUGCAGAUUCCGACUCAGCGUAGCGAAGACCUUGGGAGAAUUGGGAGCCAACAAUGGACUUGGACGCGCAUGAGGCCGCGAGCUCCCUGUCCCUGGAGUUUUCCCGGCAGAGGCCGGCUGUCGCUUCUCUGAAGGCUCCGGGGGGAGUCUCACUGUCCGCUUCUCUCUGCUGUGACAGACCGUCCAGGCCGGCAGCGCCGGGCGCCACCAUGGAGGACAGCCACGAGCUGGACCUGACCUACGUCACCGAGCGCAUCAUCGCGGUGUCCUUCCCUGCCGGCUGCUCCGAGGAGUCCUACCUGCACAGCCUGCAGGAGGUGACACACAUGCUGAGGUCCAAGCACGGGGACAACUACCUGGUGUUAAACCUUUCGGAAAAGAGAUACGACCUCACGAAGCUGAACCCAAAGAUCCUGGAUGUGGGCUGGCCGGAGCUGCACGCACCACCGCUGGACAAGGUGUGCGCCAUCUGCAAGGCCCAGGAGUCCUGGCUGGACAGCGACCCCCAGCACGUGGUCGUCAUCCACUGCAGGGGCGGGAAGGGGCGCAUCGGCGUGGUCCUGUCUUCGUACAUGCAUUUCACCAGCGUCUCGGCCAGCGCUGACCAGGCCCUCGACAGAUUUGCAAUGAAGAAGUAUUACGAUGACAAAGUGUCGGCUUUAAUGCAGCCUUCCCAGAGACGAUAUGUCCAGUUCCUCAGCGGGCUGCUGUCGGGGACAGUGAAAAUGAACGCCUCGCCCCUGUUCCUGCAUUUCGUCAUCCUGCACGGCACCCUCAACUUCGACUCGGGCGGAGCGUGCCGGCCCUUCCUGAAGCUCUACCAGGCCAUGCGGCCCGUGUUCACGUCGGGGGUCUACAACAUCGGCCCGGACAGCCCGAGCCGCGUGUACAUCGCCGUGGAGCCGGCCCAGCUCCUGAAAGGGGACGUGAUGGUGAAGUGCUACCACCAGCCGUGCCACUCGGCCACCCGCACCGUCAUCUUCCGGCUGCAGUUCCACACGGGCGCUGUGCAGGGCCACAGCCUCGUGUUCGGGAAGGAGGACUUGGACGGCGCCCGCGAAGACGACCGGUUUCCUGCUAACGGGAGGAUCGAGUUGGUGUUCUCGGCCACCCCGGAGAGGAUGCAAGGCUGUGAGCAUCUCCGCAACAACCAUGGGGUGAACGUGGACUUCGACGCCGCAGACCCGCUGAUCCACUGGGACUCGUACGAGAACCUGGGUGCAGACGGAGAAGUGCUGCACACGCAGGGCCCCGUCGACGGCAGCCUGUACGCCAGGGUGAGGAAGAAGAGCACCCCGGACCCCGGCGUGCCCGGGGGGGCCCCGGCCGGCCCCGCCGCCAGCAGCCCGGACCCCGGCGACCACACCCUGUCCGUCAGCAGCGACUCGGGACGCUCCACCGCCUCGGCGCGGACAGACAGGACCGAGGAGCCCCUGGCCCCAGCGCCCCGGAGGGGCCUGAGCCCCCAGGAGAAGGCCGAGUUGGAUCAGCUGCUCAGCGGCUUUGGCCUGGAAGAUUCCGGAAGCCCCCGCGAGGACAUGACUGACGGGCGCAGCAAGUGCGGAGGGACGCGCCACGUCGUGCCGGCCCAGGUCCACGUGAACGGGGCUCCGAAGGACCGGGAGACAGACAUCCUGGACGACGAGGUGCCCGGCCACGGCCUGCACAGCGCGGACAGCCUCGGGGCGCUGUCCCCCGACGGGCACCCCGCGGCCGGCCUGGGCGCCUUCGCCUGCCCCCAGAGCAGCCCCCACGGGCUCCUGUGCGGCGGCUUCGGUGGCGGUGCUGGGGAGGACCCGCACGGCCCGGAGCCCCUGUGUGAGCGGCAGCAGGCGUUCGGUGGCCACGGGCCCAAGCCGCCGCCGCCCACGCUGGGGGUGCCCCGCGUGCCCCCCGCGGCCCUGGCCUUCGAGCCGGGCGGCUACUCCACACAGACCUGGGUGCGCCAGCAGCAGAUGGUGGCCGCCCGCCAGUACAGCUUCGGCCCCGACGGGGAGGCCGGGCUGGUCUGCCGCGGCCCCAUGGACAGUCCCCGACGGGCACAGGCCCCGCCCACGGUCCCCGUCAGCAGCUGGGGGGCAACCCAGAGGGGCGCAGGCCCGGGGCCACAGCCCCCCGACACGCAGCGGCCUCCUCUCAGCAAGGCGGCCCGAGCCAGGUCCCUGGACGUGAUAGCCGUGAACGGGACGGGCCCAGUGCCCAGCGCCGACCCCUCCCCAGGCUCGCCCACCUCGGACAUCGACCAGUCCAUCGAGCAGCUCAACAGGCUCAUCCUGGAGCUGGACCCCACCUUCCAGCCCCUCCCCACCCACGUGGACAUGCUGGGCCCCAAGGCCAGCAGCCCCACGCGGCAAGGCUCCUCAGGUGACGAGCCGCUGGUCAGAAGUUUCCGGAAGCUGAGCCUGGGGCAGUACGACAACGAUGCAGGGGGCCCACCUGCCUUCCCCAGGUGCGGGUGGGGGCAGGCUCCCGGCGUGGAGCAGGCCCCGGGCCUGGCGGCUUCCCUCUCCCCAGCAGACGCCAAAGAGAUGGUGCUCGCCCCGCACCCCGCAGACUUGGACGGGGUCGACGGCAGGAUCUUCUCCCCGCGCAGGAGCGGCCGUGAGCCGCUGGCCUCCGCCCGGGCAUCCCCCGUGUCACCAGCAACGCCGUACGUGACCACGCCCCCGCGUCACCUCCCGUCCAGCCCGCCCGGGCCGCAGGUGGGCAGUGCCGGCCGCCUGUACAAUGCGGCUCACGAACUGCGUGGCUGCCCUGAGGUCCUCGGUCACCCUGUGGGGAUGUCAGAGAGCCCCGUGGGGCCCACGCCCGCAGCGCCUUCCCUGCAGCGGGCCUGCACGGCCUCCAGCAGCGGCCCCGGCCCGCGGACGGACAGCGCCCCGUCCACCGAGCACCACUGGGUGGAGACCAGCCCCCAGCCCACGCUGGCCCUGCUGGGGGGCAGCCGGCCCCCAGGAAGCCGCCUCGGCACCAGCGAGUUCGCGGGCCCCGGCACCGACGGCCCCGGCUGGCCACAUCUGCCUCCUGCCGAGCUCCACUCGGCUCUCCACGGCCACGAGCUGUCCCUGGUGGGGCCACCGGAAGCUCUGGGUCCCCUGAGCGGCCAGGCCUUCCUGGGCUUCGGCACGGCCCCCGUGGUCAGCGGCCUGCUCCCUGGAGAGGACCCGGGGACCCUGUCAGGCAAUUCCCACGGCGCACCCCAGCCGCCCAGCACCCUGCGGACAGCAGCCGUGGCUGCCGACAACGGCUUCCUGCCGCACGGCUUCCUCGCGAUGGCCCCCGGCCACGGCGGCCACCACGGCCCCGCCCUGCAGGGCCCGCCCCUGCCCGAGAAGAAGCGGGCCUCGGAGGGCGACCGCUCCCUGGGCUCCGUCUCCCCGUCCUCCAGCGGCUUCUCCAGCCCGCACAGCGGGAGCACGGCGAGCAUCCCGUUCCCGCACGUCCUCCCGGACCUGCCCAGGCCCCCCGAGGCCGCCGCCCCUUCGCCAGACGACCCAGGGGACAAGCCCGUGUCCGUGAACUUCGUACAGGACACAUCCAGGUUCUGGUAUAAAGCGGACAUCUCCAGGGAGCAAGCCAUCGCCAUGCUGAAGGACAAGGAGCCCGGGUCAUUCAUCGUCAGGGACAGCCACUCCUUCCGGGGCGCCUACGGCCUGGCCAUGAAGGUGGCCACACCCCCGCCCUCCGUCCUGCAGCUGAACAGGAAAGCGGGCGACCUGGCCAACGAACUGGUCCGGCACUUCCUGGUCGAGUGCACCCCGCGGGGCGUGCGGCUGAAGGGCUGCUCCAACGAGCCGUACUUUGGCAGCCUGACGGCCUUGGUGAGUCAGCACGCCAUCACGCCCUUGGCCUUGCCCUGCAAGCUGCUCAUCCCGGACAGAGGUAGGCAGCCGGGCUUCGGGGUUGUCGUCGUCCCGCGGUUUAGAAACCCAGUUCGCCAGCGUGCUGUGGGAGAGGGGGCCAGGCCGUCCUGCCGUCGGUUCCGGGGGGGGUGGGUGCCGGGAGCUCCAGCAGAUGCGUCCCCCGAAGAGGGUGCAGCAGGCAGGACAGAGGUCGCCUGCGGUCUGCCGGGCGCGCUGGCGUCGGGGUCUCUGAGGACACGGCGAGAGACGUCACCCCGUGAGCCCUCCGUCCUGUCCUCGCGGGUAAAGCCUGCGCCCUGAGUGGUGACCUUUGGCAGGCACGCCGUCCCGGGGCUUUGCAGCAGAGACCCUGUCGCUCAAAAAUGCACAGUGCCCGAAGCACGGGGCCUUCAAGGUCACCCACGCGAACUUAUGAGUCUACAGAGCAUCGAGCGAGCCUCCCCUUCCCCUCCACGGCUGUUUGCAAAGAUCCGUAAUAAAAAAUUAAAAUAAGUAACACCCGCAGUGUGACAGGGAUGGGACUUUACGUCCCGGCUCUCCAGCGACUCGGUUCACGUGGUUUAUUACAUUCCACGAAGGCGAGCGAUUCCGAGUGUAGGUCGGUGCGAAUUCCCUUUUAUAAUUUAGUCGUUCACGUAAAUUAACUCAGAGCUCAGGGAGGCAUUUGCUGAACUGUGUCGU